AUGGGAAUACCCCAGGGAUUCUCCCGGGAGGCGCAGGAGAGGUCAACCGGGAGGCUGCGGCCUACAGAGCGGCUGCCGGUCCCGGCGGGGUCAGGCAUCAACCAGGUAGCUGAGGGGCUGCGAACGCCGGGAGAGAGCGACAAGACCGAGUGUGCUUUCCCUCACAGGAGGCGAGGGAAACGACCCCCCGGUACCGGGCACUCACCGCCGCGCAGCCGGAAGCCUCCUUCCGCCGCCCGCUUCCUGCUUCCGGCGCGGGGGCAGGAGUGGGCGGUGCCACGGCGAGGCGGGGGCGGGGGGCGGGGCGGGGCUGGGGGCGGGGUCGGGCAGGACGGGGGCGGGGUUGGGGGCGGGGUCGGGCGUGGCGGGGGCGUGGCGGCGCAGUGCUUGCCCCUGCCCUGGCCCCAGGGAGCUGCCUCUCGCCGCCGCCGCCGCCGCCGCUGUCACCCUGGGGCCGGCGAGCGGGCGGCGGUGUUGGCGUUGCGGCGCUCGUCCGUGUGGGACGGCUGUGAUUCGAGCGGCUCCGCCGGGGCUUUAAGAGAGGCUGUUUGCCCUAAUGAGCUGUGUGGCUUUUCCUGGCGGCGCUCCCCAAGCUGCGGCCGUGCUCCAGCCCUCACAUCCGCCGUGUUCGUGCCCCGAAUGAGCCCCACGAUGGUUCAGUGCUACAUGAAGGGCGUGAGGAAGAUGUUGAAGCUGCUGCUGCUGCUCAGCCUGCUGGCCCUGGCCCAGUGUGGGGUGUACAGGGUGCCCCUGUGGAGGGGCAAGUCCCUGAGGCAGAUCCUGGAGGAGAAAGGCCUCCUGGAGAGCUACCUGCAGAAGAACCAGGCCAGGCUGAGGGGAAAGUUUGCUGACAAGGAUGGGGACUACGAGGCAAUGCGCAACUACAUGGACAACGAGUACUACGGUGCCAUCUCCAUCGGGACCCCCUCGCAGAAUUUCACUGUCAUCUUUGACACUGGCUCUGCCAACCUCUGGGUGCCCUCCACCUACUGCAGCAGCCCUGCCUGCGGCAACCACAACCGCUUCGACCCAAACAUGUCCUCCAGCUACGUGCCCACCAACGGGACUCUGAACAUCACCUACGGCACGGGCAGCAUGACAGGGCGCCUGGGCUACGACACCCUCACCGUCUAUGAGAUCACCGUCACCAGCCAGAUCUUUGGGCUCUCUGUCACCGAGCCCGGGGACACCUUCACCGACAGCCCCUUCGACGGCAUCUUGGGGCUGGCUUACCCCAGCAUCUCUGCCUCCCAGGCCACCCCUGUCUUUGACAACAUGAUGGCACAGAACCUGGUGGCAGAGAACCUCUUCUCCGUCUACCUGAGCAGGGACGGGAAGGAUGGCAGCUUCAUCCUCUUCGGUGCCAUCGACUCCAAGUACACCACCAACGGCAUCACCUGGAUCCCCCUCUCUGCCCGAACCUACUGGCAAAUCAGCAUGCAGAGAGUCACUGUGGGCAUUGUCCCCGUCGGCUGCAAGAUGGGCUGCCAGGCCAUCGUGGACACGGGCACCUCCCGCAUCGUGGUCCCCAAGGCAGACCUGAUCUCCAUCCGCCUCCUCCUGGGUGCCAACUCCAAAGGCCAGGUCAGCUGCGCACGCACCAGCUUCAUGUUCGACGUUGUCUUCCACAUCAACGGCAAUGCCUUCCACCUGUCAGCCAAGAGAUACGUGAUCAAGGUGGACGGCUCCUGCAUCCUUGGCUUCGAAAGCAUGGACAGCAACUUCUGGAUCCUGGGGGACGUCUUCCUGCGCGAGUACUACAGCAUCUACGACAGGCAGAACGACAGGGUGGGGCUGUCCAGGGUGCCCUGAGCCGCACCGAGCCCGGCAGCAUCUCCUGCUGUGCCCAGCUCGGCGGCUGGCAGCACACGGCCUGCCCCAGCG